AAGUUGGACGCUUAACCGACUGAGCCACCCAGGCGCCCCAAAAUAAAUAAACAUUUAAAAAAUUUUAAAAAAAACCUCAUGAUCCUCAUGACUCUGUGUAUUGAACACAAAGCAAGUCUGGCCAUUUCCCCCUUUUGUUUCCAGCGUCUAAAGGGGGUUUAUGCACACUCCUUCAUGUAAAAGCCCUGAAUUUUCUUUUCAUUCCUAAGAGACCCAGAGAAUUUCUAAUCUGCUAAAAUGACGGUAACCCUUUUCCCAUCAAAUAAAGCCCUCCUGCAGGUAAUCUUCCUGUCACAAGCUGACUGCCUUGAUGUGACUUGGAAGUGAGUAGGGAUACUGGGUUCCCUUUCAUAUUCCAUCCUCCUUAGGAAAAUCCUAAACCGGGAGGAUUCAAGUUUGAUUGGAGCUGUUCUUGCAAUUUAUACCUCCUGCCCCUUGGGAGCUUACAUGUGCCUAUUUUAAAUAAAUUCCCCCUUUUUUCUCUCUCUUUUACAAAGAACAACUGCAAAUCUUCUCUAAGGAUAGCUUUUCUUUGGGGUGGAAUUCAGUUCUGACAGUUGAACAUUCAUGAGAUGAGCCCUGGGUGAAUAAUGAUGAAAUGAAUUACCUCUGUGAUUGGGCCUUGCCUGGGACCUGGGGGCAUUCUUUCAAAGUCCCGCAGUGUUGUUUGGCUGCAGUUUCCCAGUAACUUCGUUGCUCUUCCAAAAGGAAUAUUACUCUAGGGAGUAAAAAAGGACAAAAAGAGGAAUGGGCACUGCCAGAGGCGAGGUCGAGCUCUAACGCCCCUGUCUUUGGGCAGUUCUUGUUUAAGAUCCUGGUAGGAGCAGCCAGCCUUGCCGCUAUCUAUCUACAUCACUCUCUCCAAGUUCGUCUUGCCCCCGUCCUGGCUCCUGUGGUGCCUCUGGCUCACCCUACUAUCCCCACUGAGAUUUUAGGACCUGCCCAUUUGACACGUACCUCACUUAGAUGUGGCACACAAGAGACCACAAGUGUUUAGGACCUGAGCCGCAUGCUCAGUGUGGUGGCAGAACAGGUCUCUGCUCAGCCAGACAUCUAUGAAGGGGCUGGAGCACCAGGCCUGAGCAGCAAACAAUUUCUGCUCAAUUCCUGGGUGAACUCACCCUCCUCCACCGUGCACCGUCCACCACACUUGCCCAGACCCCACCUGGCCACCCAGCCCUGGCCAUGGACCCCAGAAGAAACAGAAUCCCCUCCUAGCCCUGCCACUCACCUCCAGAGUGGGCUGAUGGGAAGGAGGUCCGUGUGACUGCCACAGCUGUCAACCGCAGAAGCCGCAUGUGACCCGCUGUUGCCAUUAGCAGCCACUGGCAGCCCCCCAAAUCCAAAACCCAUCAGCCCAGCAGAGGUGGGGGAGUCACUGGAAGAGGUCGGUUGAUGCACUGGAAGAAAAAAGUUUGGACAGCCAGCUCCUUUCGCCUGAAUCUACCCUGGAUUAGGCUGACAUUUGAAAUGAUUUUGGCUCCCAUCCACACGGCGUAAAACCUCUACCAAGACUUCUUUCCUUCUUAAACACGAAAGCACAAACUUUUCUCAACCACAGACUUCCUUAAUCAUUUAUGAAAAUUUGUCAGCUGUCCCUGCCUCCGUGUUCCAAUGCCUCGUGCCCUCGGAUCAGGGUGCUGGGAGCCACCUGCCCUGAAGGAGUUGAAGAGGAGACGGAGGCUUUGCCUUCCCUUAUAAUUAAUUCGUCACUUCCAAAGCCAUCUGCUUUCUCUUCACACACACCCAUCACCUCCAUAAAAAUAUAAAUACAUAUAUUUAAAAUUCAAUUACAAGGCGACUUGAUGUCGCCAGCUCAAUUAACAGAAAGAACAGAAAAAAACAAAUCCCACCAAAGUCAGCCCAUAGACCCAGCUCUUAGCACCUGCAUCCUGUCCCUGGAAAAAAAGUUAUGUGACCUCUUUUUGAAGUUUUAUAGCAGCAGCUUUGGCGAUAAACCCCCAUAAAUAGAAAGGGAACCCAGAAGCAAGUUAGCGACUGGGACAUUUCUAGGAGUAUAUUAACCACCCGGGGAAGUAUUGACCGGGAAGUCGGCAGGAAUGCUAUUGUAAAACUCAACCGAGCCCCCAAGUUCUGUGCACACUGUCAAUAGUCCACAAAGCUGAACUGAACAGGAAAGCAUUUUAUUGGAUUGUUUUGGGUCCAGGUUGUCGGUGCACAUUGAAUGGACUCAACAGGAAAUCGGAGAUGCAGGAAUGUUAAUUCGAGUAUCAGAUGUAACACACAAGAAGCUCAACAAAUUAGACAUUAAUUCUGGACAGACCCUGUCCGAGUUUGUUUUCCUUUCCACGCACACUAUUUCUACAUCAGGGGUUCUGGGGGUAUGGUGUCGGCUGUGUAUCACUUCUCGACAAAUCAUUUGUGACUUCUGAAAAAAGACCCUGAGCCAUAGAAGGAAAAGAAUAAAAAUACCCCACAGGUCACCAAAGCCUGCGUCCCAUGGGCCAGGGCACAGUUGUUGCCUAAAAUACAUCUCUCAGUGCUUUGCUUGCCCUAGUUUCAAGUGCCAUCACCAUCAACUAGUAUUUUUGCUCAUGAGCCCAGUCACACACCUCUAGCUCCACGAGGGACCCCUCCCCCGCACCACUCCUGCACUUGACGCUGUGUUCUUUGCCUCUCCUUGGCCUGCGCUUAACGUCAGCGGUGCACAUUUAAUUCUUACCAGCAUUCGGGCAAGCCGGCCUUUUCGAAAUCUUUCAUUUUUCAUUUUUAUACCUUAAGCUUUGGCACUCCCAGCCAUCCUGGGGCUAUUUUGGCUCAUCUGAACUCUGUCUUCCCCUGGCCACCGUCCUCUGCCUCUUUGAGGGAACCAUCUGGAAAACACAGCCAUGUGUGCACCUCCAUGCCUCCUUCCAAGGGCCCCCAGUUGCAGCUUUCCUUCUUUGCUGGUCUCCCCUCGCCAUCCAUAUCUUCAUCCCGUGUCCCCGGGGCCUUGAUGACAUAUGUCCAGCAGCUCACCUAGCCUUUUCCAGCUUGUAGUUCUGAGCUCCCAACGUCUUCUCAUAUUAGGUCUCUGUCCUCCUGAUGUUUGUUACAUCUCCCAAUUUAGUAUCAUCUGCAAAUUUAAUUAACAUGCCGUUGCCUCCCUGUUCCAGGCCAUUAAUGAAGAUGUUAUGGCAGUACCCAGCAAACAAUAUUUUCAAGGUCAGGAGGAGAGGAGAGCUUAACGGCUUCUGCCCAACAUGGGGGAAAGAGGCAAUCAAGUGCCCACAUGUGAGUGGGUUUUUCGCCUCCCCUCUGCUUCGGCCGCUGCACGUCCGUGGCAACUCCCGUUUGGAGAAUGAAGGACAUUAGAUUAUACCUCCCUUUUGCUUUUGUCCAGUUUCUAGCUGGAGAAAUAGCCACUAAUUGAGCAUUUGUAGGGAGAGACGGUGUACAUGGUAAAGACAAAGUAGUCGUUAUUAGGCUUGUUAUCCACCCAUCGCUCCGUCUCUGAAGCACGACCCGUGACCGUGGAAAAUACACGUUGAGGGCCAAGGCACCCAGCAGAGAGGAGAGAGAAGACAUUUCCCCGGGGAGACACUUUCCCUGAAGGGCUGACCCUCAAGAUCCACAGCCAAGAGGGGCACGAAGGAGAGGCCCCUUCAUCUUUGCAGGUUGUGACCCCAGAGCAGAGCCCCCCAUUAGUCCACGUCCUCCUCUACGUUCCAAGGGGUGGCUCACUGUGAACCCUGAUUUGCCUUUCUUCCAGGGCAAACUGCAGAUCUCAUACUGUAAUAUUGCAAAUUGCUUGGAUCAGAAGUACUGAAUCACGGGAGAGUUCCAGGAUAAUGCAAUUCACGCCCAGAGAAUUGAUCCCAGAUUAUUUACUGUUUCCUGCACCUCCUUUCUCCCCAUCUCUCACUGCAGGCCUGUCUCGGGUUCCGAGGUUCCCAUCAUUUCUUAGACAGAGUGUCUCUGGACCAGAGCCCGGACUGGCCCAGCAGAGGCAGGGCCCGGGUCUCAGAGCCCUGGUGCAGAGGGGUGGUGAGGAGAGGCUUUGAAUUUCCCCUUGUGCUUGGUGGACGGCCUGGCCCACCAGCUGCAGCCCUUCCUGGGUCCAGGUCUGGCCUCUCCAAAACUAAGAACACACCAGAACAACCUGUGCUUGUCCCGGGUGGUCAGCUCAUACUGCAUUGUGCUCAGAUACCUUGCGGGGGGAGGGGGGAAGGGGGGUGGACCUGGCUUAGGAGAAAGUGGUGGGUUUGUAGAAUUACCACAAGGCACUCACUGUUAAGGGCCUUCCCCAGCUGUAGACAUCCUACCUGCUCACUCAUCAAGCAUCAAGCGGCAAAAAAACACAGUGGCCUCUGAAGCCAAACUUUGAAUCCUGGCCCUGCCAUUUUGAUAGCUGUGACCUUGAGCCCAUUGUUUCACCUCAGUUUUCCCACCUGUAAAAUGGAAUAAUAUCCAUACCAGCUUCACAGUGUAUGUUGUGACAUUGCAAAAAGCUGAUGUCUGGCUGUUAUUUUUUACAUAUCAAGCACCUUCCACACUCCAGACACUGUCGAGGUCAGGGGUAAGCAAAUUUUUUCUAGAACGCCCAAAUAAUAAAUCUUCUCAGCUUUGUGGAUCUUAAUGUCUCUGCCCAACUAUUCAGCUCUGUUGUUGUAGCCCCAAAGCAGCCAUAGACAAUAAGCAAAUGAAUGGGAGUGGCUGUGUUCCAAUGAAACCUUAUUUAUGGACUCAGAAAUUUGAAUUUCAUAUAUAUUCACAUAUCACCAAAUAUUAUUCUUCCUUUGAUUUUUAUGAACUAUUAAAAAAUGUAAAAACUACUUGUAGCUCGUAAGCUAUGUAAAAAUAAGUGGCAGGUUGGAUUUGGCCCGUGGGCCAUAGUUGGCCUGCCCCUGGUCUAUGCAUGAGAGACACAGAAACUGACGUGUUCCCCGGCCCCCCUCCCCCCCCCAACAGGAGUCCAUUGUGCAGACCAGCCUCCCAGAGCCUAGGUAGGUGAUGGGCUCCUUCAUUACCCUCGUGCUAACCUUGUCCCUACCAAGGUCUGUGACCUGGUCUUAAAAGCCACUCUUGCAACCUGGGGCAGGGCGGGGAGUGGCAUCUCAGUUCCAAGCCCUGGCGUUUUAAGCUCUAAUUUCUCUGCGAUAAAUCUCAAAGACUGCAGAGACCCAGUGCACCCGUCUGACAACAGGCGGCGAUCCAGCGAGCUGGACGAGGUCUAACCUGGUGUCAGAGUAGAAUGCAGAGACCCUGCUGGCCGGAAGCCUUGCUGAGCCGGGGGUUUAGAGGUUAUGUGGGCUGGGUUUGAAGCACCUGCACUUGUUUCUUUCUGAGAGGAAAAGCCAUAGCGGACUGGAGGACUGGGGUGGGGGGGGUGCCUGGACAAGAAGCAAUCCCCAUCUGAAUGUUUGGGGCAGCGUCUCUGGAAGGUGCUAAUGGCCAGUGAGGUUCUCCUGGAGAAAUGGCCUCUGCUAGCCCAGACCCUCUGGACUUCACCCUCAGUCUGCCCCAGCCACCUCCCAGAUUCUCCUCGCCCUGCCCUGAUGACCAGACCCAACCACUAAGCCCAUUCAAGGCACUAUGAGGGCCCCCGUUUCUCCCCCCAUCAAAUCCAAAUCCUUCUGCUCGGUUUCUAAGAAUGCCCACACUCAGACCCAAGAAUGACCCUCUCCCAACCCACAGGGAGACCCUGCCAUCCUAUGCCAUCCUUUAUUCCUGCAUAUGCCCUGUGUCCCAGAAGCCCCCACUCCCAUCCUCUGCCAUGUCUGGCCACGACCAGCCUUGACCCUUGUAUAGAGAGACCUUGGGGGUCCCUGUCUGACUCAGUCGGUAGAGCAUGCAACUCUCAAUCUCAGGGCAGGGUUGUGAGUUUGAGCCCCACAUAGAGAGUAGAGCUGACUUAAAAAGAGAGAGAGAGACCUUACAGUGGGGUCACUGAGGAGCUAUUUCAUUGUGCCUCGGUUUCCUUAUCUGCAAAAUGGGACAAUUAAGAGCACCAACGUCAUGGCAUCGCUGAGGCUUCAUUAGAACAUGCGUGUCAAGCAUUCCCGGACCGUGUUCCAGAAACGGCACUGGCCAACAGCAGCACCCAACAGAGAAUCCGAUCACUAAAGAGCUGGCCUGAAGACACUCAACAACAUCAUAUAUUUAAGUAACAAAAAAGAAAGGGCUUUUGUUAAAACGACCCUCUGAGCGGCAGCUAAGUUCUAAGUGGACGGGAAAGUGCCAUCUGGGUGGAAGCUGGCCUCCACCAAAUCCUGACUGUCGCCUUCCGGGAAAGCCCCAGAAGUCCAACGACGUGCCAGGCCCUGCCUGUUGUUUCCGUGAGCUUCGAGAAUCCAGGCUCCCCACCCAAAGCCCCCAAGGUGUGGCCAAAGGUUAACGGGCUCCCAAGGGAGGGCUAGAGGGCCCAUCAGACCAGCCAGAUAGCAGAUAUAAGGGUGGGUCAGAUGAGCCAGAUACCAAAGGAGGAGCAGAGACAGACAAGGUCAGUGCCACCCAGACCGUGCUGCUGUGAGUAGCCACAGAGGAGAGGGGCGGGGGGAGGGGGAGUUCGGCCUGAGCCCCAAGGCAGAAACCAGCCCAGUCCAGAGAUCUCCCUUAAGUCCCUCUGCCACCUUCAAAUACUUAACUAGGCUUCUGGCUGAAAGCCCCGAGCUGAUUUCCAGAGAAGCAGGUUGAAGCCAUACAUAGUGGGAGCACAGGCAGGACAGCCCCGGAGGCACGGAAGCUGGAGGGAGGAGGGGUGGGUGCAAGUCCUGAUAAAAAGGAGGCUGUCUGGGAUGCGUGGUGCCAUUGACUGCAGGCCAGGUACCCAAGCCAGAGCUCAGCAUGGACACCGGACCCCACUUGGCACGAAGGCUUUGCUCUGGAAAGUUCAGGAGAAAGCUGGUCCCUAGAGAGAUUACAGGACGGGGCAACUCUUACCAGGUCGGGUGGUACCAUGGGUGGGGAGGAAGGAGACAGGUGCCCGCUUAUCCAGAGCUGAUCACUUGAAGGCUGGAGCCCCAUCGCUGGAGAUGGAAAAGGGACGUCACUGGCUCAUCACACAGUGAAAAGCUCUCCCACUCCGAGCUCCCAGAAACACAAAUGAAUGUAGGUGACAUGCCAACUGCCAGUUGGAUCAAGAAAAUGAGCAGCAAUUGGAUUUUGCCUUUUUUUAUUUAAAGUUUUUAUUGAUUCUUAUGGAGCGAAUGAAAUGCGAACACCGGAAUGAAAAGGGCUCUAUAGCAUCUCUGUGAAGGAAAUGGGACGCCAUAAAUGUGACAUAUCCGUCCCCACUGGGAGGGAAACAGGGCUCCACAGACACACCAUCGGGGAAGCGUAGGAACGGGGAGGGGGAGAGUGCCUGGGAGCUCUCCACCCCCCACCCAUCCUCUGUUCCCCUCCAGAUCCUCCCGGGGCUGGGUCUCGGCUUCCCGAGGGUCCGCCUUCAGUGGGUGAGCGGUCUUCUGACCCCACUAGGAAUUUGUAUGUAGCUGGCAUGGGAGGCUUUGGCUGUCUGAGCUCUCUCAUCCUUUCUCAUGGAGUGUUCGCCAGAUGGAGAGAGAAAGUAGGACGGGGCGGAAGGAAGGAUCGCAAGAAGGCAGAGGGAGCGUCCUGCUUCAUAGCAGUGGCUUCAGAUGACGGAGGAGACAGGUCCCAGGGAAGAGGCAGGAUGCAAGCCCGCAACCUUAGAAGAUUCUCUCUAGAGGGGGAUUUGGGGUUGGACCCGCAGAGAAACUUAGAGGCCAGUCCAGGGCACGACCCUCUCCCACCAGCAGCCCCGGGCCGACUCCCCCAAAGCUCUUUAUCUGCAACCCUGUGAUCACCCCCACACCGGCUGCAGCAGGGGCCGCCCCUGGUCUCGUUUCCUCGCUGUGGAGCCUGGAAGACCCCCCUAGGUCUUCACCUCUCUAGGCUUCCUCCCUUCCCCAGAUUUCAUCUACUCCCAGAUGAGUGGGAGGAUCAUGUGAGAGAGGGCUUAGAAGGGGACACUGAGCACCCGGGUAAUUACUUAUGGAAUCAACUAAGGCUGGCACCCAGCAGGAAGCGCCAUCACCAACCCCUGCCACUGAACCAUCCCGACAGGGCCUGAAGCCUACCCAACUGACUGCAUUUCUUUCUUUCUUUCUUUUUUUUUUUUUUUUUAAUAUUUAUUUAUUUUGAGAGAGAGAGAGAGCACAAGCAGGGUAGGGGCAGAGAGAGAAUCCCAAGCAAGCUCCAUGCUCAGCGCAGAGCCCAAGGCAGGGCUUGAGCCCACGACCCUGAGAUCAUGACUUGAGCUGAAAUCAAGAGUUGGAUGCUCAACCGACUGAGCCACCCAGGCGCCCCUCUGACCCCAUUUCUUAGGCCGUUGCACUCUUGAGGUCACCACACCCACCUGGUCCCUGGCAACUGUCGGCGGCCCACCUUCCGGCCCACCAUUCCAGACCUGCUCCCAUCCUGGGACACAGGAGGCCCCACGCAGGCACGCAGGCACCCCCAGCAUUCGUGGCAUUCUGAGGUGGGGUGGAGAGAGGUGCGGGGCAGAGGUGAACUCUUGUCCUUUCUAGAUGGUAACCAACAGGCAGCUAGCUGGAGCUCAAAAGAGUCCUGUUUCCAAGCCAGCGCUGGCCCCAGAGGGGUGGAGACCCCACUCCCAGCUCCGGGAUGCUGCUCCCUGCUGAAAAUUUCCAUCUGGCUCUGCCUUCCCCCGGGGCAAAGGGUCCCAGCCUCUUUCUCUUCAGACCCAAGGUCUUCGCCUGGUGCUCCCGGGGACACCCAGGGUCAUCAGGGCCUGGGUCCAUCCCAGGGAGCAGUGAGGGCUCCCUGAGUCUUGGGGCACCAUUCUGUUGCUAAUCUAGAGUCUUUCUUCUGAGACAUGGAGUCCUUCCCCCUUCACGAGCUUUGGAAGCUUUGGAAGACCUCACCGGUAACAACGAGGGUGGCUGGCGUGUGGGAUGCUUCUCCCCCGGUUGUGUGACGGGGGCAGGACGGCCUCUCCCAGGCUCUUGUUCACCUCUCUGGGGCAGAGAAGGGCCUCUGCGCUCCUCUGGUAAAGCCCCACACCCGGCCCACACGAGGAGAGGCCGAGCGGCUUGCUCAACGUCACAGCUAUCGGCAGGGCGUGCGCCGUGAACCUGACAAGAGCUUCUUGUCGUUGUUCAGCCCCAGGAUGGUGUCCCGCAAGGCCGUGGCUGUCCUGCUGAUGGUGCACGUGGCCGUCAUGCUGGCCUCCCAGACGGAAGCCUUCGUUCCCAUCUUCACCCACAGCGAACUCCAGAGGAUUCGGGAAAAGGAGCGGAACAAAGGGCAAAAGAAAUCCCUGAUUGUACAGCAGAGGUCCGAGGAAGUGGGCCCUCUGGACCCUGUGGAGCCCCCAGAGGAAGAAGAAAACGAAGUUAUCAAGCUGACUGCUCCUGUGGCAAUUGGAACGAGGAUGAACUCCAGGCAGCUGGAAAAGUACCGGGCCGCCCUGGAAGGGCUGCUGAGUGAGGUGCUUCUGCCUGCCCGGAACGAUCGCGUGUUCCCUCCCAAAACACCACCCAGGCCGGGCAGUUCCUCUGAAGGAAACCCUGCAGCAGUCUGGCCACAGAAGCCUGCAUUUUCUUUAUCUGUUCUACAAAUCGAAGUCCUGAGCUCCACGUGGCCUUGCCCGGUUCAAGGUCUGCGCUUCAAGGUCUGCCGGAGCCACUUGUGCAAAGCCAGGACUUGUCUGACAAACAGCCACUAAUUACUUCUCAGGGUCCCCAGGAGGAGAGGAGAGAGGUGGGGAGUUGGUGUUUGAAAUGGAAGAACCGGGAGGUUAAAUGACUUGCCCCAGGCUACAGAGAAAGCUAGAGGCAGAGCUUCCAGAAGCCUGGCCCAGCGUCCCCUGGGGGCGCCCCCUCCUCCCUGGGUUGGCCCUGGGUUGGCGGCCAGGUUUAGAAGUGGACCCGCUGAAUCUACCAAGCUGCAGACCUCCUGUGUUUUUCCCCAACAGACAAAUGACAGCCCGCUACAGGGGAAGGUGGAUGAAACUGGGAGCGCCCUCCCACCCGAGGGAGACCCCGGAAUCUGCAUGCCCCACAGCCGGGCUCCAAAGGAAAAUACUCUCUCCCAAGCAAGCCCCCUCCGGCAAAUAAAGUGGCAAAUAAACAGAAACGACUCUUUUAUUUAAUAUUUUAAUUUUUAAAGGCCAAACCCCGGGUCAUUGCAUAAAGGGGGGAAAAAUCAAGCUCAGAGGGAGUUAGCUGUAAAUGGCACAUAUACAGUAGCAAAACGUGUGCCUUGGCUAAAUUCUCCGUUCAAAUUAUCACGUGGGACCCACGGAAUUGCAAGAUUUGUGCCGGUGAGGAAACUGAGGUCCAGAGAGAUGGCAUUUUCGGCCCACACACCAGUCGGUGGCAGAGCGAGGAAUUCAGGUCUCCACUUUCUGUUUAUUGGCAAACUCAAGGUCUAAAUGCGCUGGAGAGCCGUAAGACUUCUGUACUCAACCCCUUGCUGAGUAACUUCCAGCUAGCCCUUUAACCUCAAUGAGGCUUUGCAAAAGCCAGGUGGUAAUACGUGCCUUGAGAUGAGGGUACAGGCACGAGCAAAUUACUAUCAUUAUUAUCACCUUGUGACUGCAUGCUCCAGCAUCCGCAGCAAAAUUCCACAGUCAACCCACUGAUUUCUGCCUCCUAAACAAAACUGGAUGGGAAAUUUCAUUCUAAUUUAAUGUUACAUUAAUGGAUGCUCAUUUAUUUAUAAACUGGGGCCUUAGAGGAAACACAGCUCCCUCUACCCAUAGGUUAUCAGCAAUUAGACAUGAGGCCCAUUCCGUAUUUCCACCCACCCCAACCAUUGUAAGAACUUAGCCACAGACAGUAGUUACCGGAACAAGACGACCCCCAAUCCUUUCGGGGUGCUCUGAAUGGUCCUGAGGAACACCCAAGCCUUACAUGGGACCCACACCCUCCAUGCUGCACAUUCCCACAAUUUCCUAUGCACGUACUGAUCAUCCCAAGGGCAGCUGCAGGUUCCCAGGAAACGCUGCCAAAACACUCUGUAAUAAUUGGAGAGAGGGCUGCACAGGGCAGGGGAGAAAAGGGAGGGAGAAACGUAGGAAUCUACAAAGCAUGCUGUUGGGGAAAACUUGAUCCAAGACUCCUCCUCGCCCUUCGGAGUACCACCACGCCAUUCCCGCCAUUAUCUGGAACCCAUUCCAAAAAAGCAGAAAAACCAUUAAACGGUCACCGUCUCCUUCUAUGGAGAAAACACUGCUUUUGCGUCUUUCCCUGUGUCUCUGCUCAGGAUCUGUCCCUACAGUGAGACUACCUUCCCCCAUCACCAGCAGGGGGCGCUCACCUCUGUUCCCCCGC